ACCCCUGUGUCGCGGAGUUCUUCAUUGUUCUGCUUCUAGCUGGUGGUGAACGAGAACGGUUGCGCCACUUUCUGGCAACCAAUGAAGAAUAUCGAGCCGAUUUUGUUAUCGAGCUGCUGGACGAAGAAUCCUACCCGUCAGAACUUGCCUGUGUAUAUGAGAAGAUCGGGGACACACAGAAGGCGUCGAAACUGGCUCAAACCGAUUUCCUCUCUCAUUGGACUGGUCUUGUUGCUUGCUGCAGCCCGUCGACGGCUUCUGAAGCAGAAAAGCAGUCCAUCUUUACGCAAGCAGCCGCCUCUCUCCGCGCCAGUGCUGACUGCCUCUUCGCCCUGUCUGCUCGCCGUUGCGUGGCGAGGCGGGAUUUGGAAAAUGAGAGCUACUGGUAUACCAUCAUUGACCUGCUAUUCGCUCUGCGUAAACAAAAGCAAUUUGACCGCGUGAUGUCAGGUAAUUUGGAUUUUCAUCCGUGUUCUUUAGCCUUUCAACUGUUAACUGAAUUCCAACUAAGUAUCCGCUCCCUACUGUAA